UGUAAAAUAGAAAAUGGCAGCGUCUAUGAAUUAAACUGUCCCAAAUAGUUUCUGUAUGUGUUUUAAACCCACAUAUGAAAAGAUAUGGCAGAAAUCGAUGAGAAAGUUGCCGCCCAAGUAUCAAACUCUCUGUCAGAUGUCUUGCAAGGUGAGGCAGUGGAGGAGGGAUUUGCUGGCUACAUUAUGCACACACCACAGUCCCUGCAGUGGAAACAGGACCACAAUGCUGACAUCAUGACCAAACUCUGGGCCAACAUCCCACAGGAAAACCAUGUGUCGGGCCUGAAGGUGUACGCCAACAGUUACUUUGACAGCCGUAAUGUGGACAGGGUGGACUUGCUGGCGGGACUUCUCGAAGCAAUGGCUGAGAAAACUGUCCUCCAACCAAAGUUGAUCUGUGAGACCCUGCUGGACCAUGACAAGAUGACGCACAACAACAGAAAAUCCUUCAUCCGCACAUUCAAACUCAUCAGGAAAAUUGUGGGAGGAGUCGAUUAUAAGGGUUGUCGAGAUCUGCUGCGUAUGAUCCUGCAGAAGCAGAGUAUAGACUCUCUCAACGCCAGCAGUUUGCCACAAGUAGAGGCCGUCACAUCCGUUGUGUCCUACAUCCUGGACCGUAAUGCAUGCCUGUUGCCCAGCUACCUGGCAGUGAAUGAAAUCACCAAAAUUAGCGUGGAUGUCAAUAACUGGCCUCAUUGGAAAAUGGGAAAGCUUUUGUCAGACUUUGUGCACAGUUUCAAACCCGUUGCUCAGAUGGUGACCAUAUCAGGUCGCUCCCACUUGCUACCAGUUGUUGGUCACUCCGUGGCCACUAACAAUGUAUGGAGACUCAACUCCAAAGAUCUUCGCUUCUCCCUCAGUGGACCACUGCCUUACAGCAAGGAGAUACAGGAGCCUCAAAGUGGUCUGUUGCGUUACGUGCUGGAGCAGCCAUACUCCCGGGACAUGGUCGGGACAAUGCUUGGCCUCAACAAACAGGUAAAGCAGCGGUGUGAGGUACUGGAAGAACAGCUGGUGAACCUGGUUGUGUCGGCAAUGGAGCAUGCUGACUCCGGAGAGGGGGGUAUGGACCCCACCCUUGCACACCUCCUAUGGCAGCACCUCUCCAGCCAGCUCAUAUACUUCGUACUCUUCCAGUUUGCUUCCUUCCCUCAUAUGGUUGUCUCCUUGUAUGAGAAGUUGAAGGACAAGAAGUUGUCCAAGAUUCGGGAGACGAGAGAUCACUUGAUGUGGGUGCUGCUUCAGUUCAUCUCAGGCAGCAUACAGAAAAACCCGCUGAGCGACUUCCUGCCAGUCCUUAAACUGUAUGACUUGCUCUACCCAGACAACAGCUCAAUCGCAGUGCCUGACAUAUCCACAGCGAGUUCCACACACACUGUGGCAGCCACAUGUAUCUGGAUCCACCUGAAUAUGAAGGCAACAUCAGACAAUGUGCAGCUGCAGCGGCCAAUACCACAUGCACUCCGGGAACACCAGGAGGCCCUUGGACAACUUGGACAACAUCUUGAAAACCUGAAGCAGAAUCUUGCCAACAGAAGUCUACCCAAUAAUGACUACAGAAUCCCCUUGUUGUGCAAUGCAUACAGCACCAACCCACAGCUGUUCAACCUUCCUAUGAGCAUUCUGGUGGAGAGUAUCUGUGGGAACAACAGCAAGAACACAUGUUUCCUGCCCGGCAAUCUCGUAGCAGCGGCCCCUACCCAGCCCCUUUCUAUGAACCUGCUAGACUCCCUCACAGUGCAUGCUAAGAUGUCUCUCAUUCACAGCAUUGUCUCACGGGUCAUCAGGCAUGCAAAGAAUAAUAAGUCCACGACAGCAUUGGCUCCAGCUCUUGUAGAGACAUACAGUCGUCUGUUGGUGUAUAUGGAGAUAGAAUCACUGGGCAUCAAAGGAUUCAUUAGUCAGCUGCUACCAACUGUGUUUACAAGUCAAGCGUGGGGCAUCCUGCACACACUGCUAGAGAUGUUUAGUUAUCGGCUUCACCACAUUCAACCACACUAUCGGGUGCAGCUACUCGGCCACCUUCACACUCUCUCCAGUAUGCCAAUGACCAACCAGAAUCAGCUCCACCUCUGCGUGGAGAGCACUGCACUCCGCCUCAUUACCGGUCUUGGCAGCGCGGAGGUGCAGCCACAACUUUCCAGAAUCUUUAGCGAGCCUAAGGCGACUGGUUUCCUGUCUCAGGAUUCUGAAGAACUUAACAGAGUAUUGGUGCUCACCCUAGCUCGAGCCAUGCAUGUUACUGGGUCAGAGUCUUUUUCUUCCACAUGGUGUAAAGACAUUCUCUCAGCCAUCAUUCAGAGCACGCCCCAUUCUUGGCCCUCUCACACUACAGCAUGUUUCCCUGCCUGCCUAAAUGACUUUUUCAAGACUACAGCUAUUCCCAGGGAAGACAAGAACAGCCUGAAACGAAAUGUAGACACAGAAUACAAGAAAUGGCGCACCAUGGCAAACGAAAAUGACAUCAUUGCACACUUCAGCAUGCAGGGGACACCGCCAUUGUUCCUCUGUAUCAUUUGGAAGAGCUUGAUUGAGGACAAUAGGAUUCAACCAAUUGCCUACAGAGUCCUUGAGAGGAUUGGACCCAGAGCUCUGUCAGCCCACUUGCGAACAUUCUGCGACUUCAUAGUAUUUGAGUUCUGCCUUGCGGGAAACCAGAACUACUUCCAGCGCUAUAUUGAGGCCAUCAACGACAUGAUCUGGAAGAACAAUAUUCUCACAAUUGAUCGGUUAGUUUUGUGUCUUGCCUUAAGAAAUCUGGAGAAUAAUGAGGCCAGACUGGCUUUCUACAUCAUCUAUCAGAUUCUUGUCAGGUCAACCGACUUCAAGAACCGUGUUUCGGACUUCCUGCAGAAUAACACGCCGGACCAUUGGCUGCAGAGCAACUGGCAUGAGAAACACAUGAACUUCCACAAGAUGUACCCAGAGAAGUUCUUUUAUGAAGGAAUCCAAGACUUGAACAGCCCAAUUCAACAUCAGUACCUGCCAGUGUAUUUCGGAAACAUCUGCCUGAGGUUCAUUCCUGUGUUGGAUAUCCUAAUUCACCGGCUCAUCGAGAUGCUAGCUGUUCAGAAAUUCCUGGAGAGUAUACUGGAUAAUGUUGGAGGUCUGUACAAGUUCCAUGACCGUCCGAUCACCUACCUGUACAAUACUCUACACUACUACGACUCCAAGCUGGCUGGUAGGGCACCAUUGAAGAGAAGACUAGUCAACACAAUUGUACUUGCACACAGAGACAUCCAUGCAGACCAUUGGUUCCUUACAGAGGAUUACCAGAAGUACCUCCAGCUGUCAGCAGAUUCAACCAAUUGGAUUCCAGAACAGGAUUACUACAUUCGCCUGAUUGGUCGACUCGUUGAGACAAUUGAUGGGAAAUCUCCAUUCCCCAAUUGUGAUUGGAGGUUCAAUGAAUUUCCAAACCCGGCCGCUCAUGCUUUACAUGCUACCUGCGUGGAACUUAUGGCCCUCCCAGUGUCAAGUCAAGCUGUUGGCUCAGCAGUUCUCGAUGUUGUCUUAAAAAGCUCUACUCAGCUUCCCAGGGACAAACUCCUUGGCUGGAUCAAUGCUGUUGGGCUUGUUUUGACCGCCCUGCCAGAGACAUACUGGAAUGUCCUCAACGAGAAAAUCUUAGAAAUGAUCAAGAGCCCCAUGUUAAUGAACAUGGGAGGCAGCUUUUUUGAGAUGUUUGACUUUAUGUCAUGUCAAAGCAUGUUUGUGGAGAACACAUGUAGCUAUCUUGUAGCUGUGGCUCACUCCGUAUGGCACCAUGCUGGAAUAGGGCAGCUCAGCGUGCUUCCACAAUUUGUCAAGGAGAAAGUUAAACCAUGCGUCCAAGCCGAGGAGCAGUUCCUAUUCUUGCUCUACCUGAUCGGACCUUUCUUGUCAAGGUUCAACUUCGAGAGGACACGCUGCUUGUUGGAUCUGACUGUAGAGAUGUACGAGAUUCUUGCCAGCAUUGAUAAGUCCUGUGAACACCUGCACCACAUGGAUAUUAUCACAGACUUUUUGUACCACAUCAAGUACAUGUUUGUGGGAGAUGGGGUUAAGAAUGAUGUAGAUAAGGUCAUCCGAACCCUGAGGCCUGCACUGCAGCUGAGAUUGAGGUUUAUAUCUCAUACGGCAAUUGAUGAGACACCAGUCAACACUCCAAGAGAGCCUUUAAAUCCUGGAGGGGAUAAUAAGCAGAAGUACUUUGCAGAUUGAAGCUGGAUUGUACUCUAUGUACAAAUGGACUUUACGUGCCAAGUUGCUUUUUAAAAUUUAGGCUUAAAUCUUGCACGACCAUUAAUGAGACACAUUAAACACGAAGAGCUGUUCAAUCCCAGCGGGGAUAAUAAACAAAAUUACUUUGCUGUUUGACACUGGGGCAUGAGUCGAUUGAUUUUAUAUGUUUACUAAGGGGUACAUGUAGAAAUAUAUCUAGCAUGUCCUUUGUUAACGCUUGGAGAGAGUGGCAAAUUCAGGCAAGGAUAACAGGCAGAAAUACUAAGCAAGACCUACAGUUUCAUCAAACAAAGAAUUCAAGCAUGUAAAUAAGUUUCUCUCAACUAUAUUAUAGCUUAUAUUUCUGGAUAUUUAUCUAAAAAAUAAAACUAAGAGAAGGGCAUGUAAGGCAUGUUCAAAUUGUAAAUAUAAAAUGGCAUGUUUGUGGCUAGUUUUGUUUAUAAUGCUUUAUUGAUGGUGCAUUUUUUAGCUCUACUGGCCAACAGCCAGAAGAGCUUAUGCGAUGGUAAUGUGUACAUAGUAUCUGCGUCCAUGUGUCUGUAAACAAUUCAUGUUAACACGAUACAGCCUUCAGUUUUGAUUGUAUCUUGAUGAAACCUGUACAGUAUCUACAUAUUCAUUAGAGCUCGGUUCCUUUUCGAAAACCAGAUCCGCCCAUGCAUGCCUAGAUUAUGGGCCUUGAUAGUAUAAAAAUCCUGUAAACAGUUGCUCGUUAACACGAUACAGCCUUCAGUUUUGAUUGUAUCUCGAUGAAACUUGUAUAGUAUUUACAUAUCCAUAAUAAGAGCUCGGUUCCUUUUGAAAACCAGCCAGAUCCGCCCAUGCAUGCCUAGAUUAUGGGCCUUGAUAGUAAAAAAAAUCAGUAUGUCAGUAAACAAUUCCUCGUUAACACGCUACAGUCUUCAGUUUUGAUUGUAUCUUGAUGAAACUUUGGUUAUGUAUUAGAGCUCAGCUUUCGAAAACCAGCUAGAUCUGCCCAUGCAUGCCUAGAUUAUGGGCCUUGAUAGUAUAAAAAAAUGCUAUUGUGUAAUAAAUGCUUGCGAACAUGAUACAGUCUUCAGUUUUGAGUAUUCAGAUACCCAAAAGGGGUUGGUUCUUUUCGAAAACAGUGAUGUUGACCACACAAACCCAGGCAGUAGAGCAUAGGCCCUUUUGGGCCUCUCGUUAUUGAAUCAUCUAGCUUCUGUGUAUGUAGUUUUUGUGGUAGUCGAGAUUAUCAAUGCAACACACACAUUUCAAACUGUUGUUUUUCAAAUCGAUCAUCUCAGAUUUUAUUCAUUUGUGAAUCCGUGUAAAUAGAUUAAUAAGUUUACCAUUCAUGUCCUUAUAUUUAAAUGCCAUUUGGAAUCAGCAUUUUCAUUCAUUCAGUGUCAUUUAUCAUGGAUGGAAUUUGGAAUUUUUCAUUUAUAAGUUCAUUUUUGUUCGCAUUGAUACAGCAAUCUUAUAAUAUUGUGUUCAACAUUUAUGUUUAAAAGUGUAUAAAGUAAAUCAAGUCUGUCUUGAGAAUUGACAAAAAUAAAUCCAAUUUUCAAUGAA